GUCCUGAUAUAUGGUGUGCCUCCCUCUACUUCUCAGACUACAAGAGUCCAGCUACCGCAGCAGAACCCACACAACCGCCCCUACACACACGGAUGGAGAACGGGAGCUGGCUUGGCGGUGAUGUGGUUAGACUUUGUGCUCUAUUUAUCAGCUCUUUCUUAGGUCAUUUCUACGGGGAGAAAAUCUAAGUCUUCCAUGAUGAAACUUGUGUUUGUUUUUGCUGUGGUUGCGUAUUUCUUUGCAGAAAAUCUAUCACUUCCCGUUGGAGAAGAACGACAGCGAGAGGAUGUGGUAACACGGUGCUUGGUUGAGGUCCUGUCCAAGGCGUUGACCAAACCUGACUCUCACCCUCUGGAUCAGGAAUGUAAAGAUAUUCUCAAAGCAGGUGCCCAACAUGCUGCUCCUGUGGAGAAGACAAGUGAUGAGCUGCUGACUAAUGAAGAGGAGGGCAAAGAACAUGAACCUAAGCCUGAGGCACCAGGGGCCGAUGUGAAAGACAUCGAGGCCCUCCUGAAGUCUGUGGAGGAGAAGAGGGAGACACCGGAGGACGAAGAUCGCAGCCAGGAGUCAUGGGACCUCAACUACGAGAAGGAGAAAAGGAUUUGGAAACCAACGCACAGGUAUCAUCAUAAGAAACCCAAUCACAAACGUGAUGAGGAGGUUUCUGAAGAAGUGAGAGAAGAGCCAGACGAAGAACGUAGUCAGGAAUCCUGGAGCCUGGGCGAUGAGAAGGAGAAGAGAUAUAGGCCUACCUAUCGGUACACCCCCAAAAAACACCCCAAACGAGACGAAGAGGGUUUAGAAGAAGAGAGAGAAGAGCCAGAAGAGGAACGUAGUCAGGAAUCCUGGAGCCUGGGCGAUGAGAAGGAGAAGAGAUAUAGGCCUACCUAUCGGUACACCCCCAAAAAACACCCCAAACGAGACGAAGAGGGUUUAGAAGAAGAGAGAGAAGAGCCAGAAGAGGAACGUAGUCAGGAAUCCUGGAGCCUGGGCGAUGAGAAGGAGAAGAGAUAUAGGCCUACCUAUCGGUACACCCCAAAGAAACACCACAAACGAGACGAAGAGGGUUUAGAGGAAGAGAGAGAAGAGCCAGAAGAGGAACGUAGUCAGGAAUCCUGGAGCCUGGGCGAUGAGAAGGAGAAGAGAUAUAGGCCUACCUAUCGGUACACCCCAAAAAACACCCCAAACGAGACGAAGAGGGUUUAGAGGAAGAGAGAGAAGAGCCAGAAGAGGAACGUAGUCAGGAAUCCUGGAGCCUGGGCGAUGAGAAGGAGAAGAGAUAUAGGCCUACCUAUCGGUACACCCCAAAGAAACACCACAAACGAGAUGAAGAAGACGAAGAGCGCA